AUGGAAGACGGACAAAAUGGUCAUGGAAAUUAUGACAUGCUUAAAGCACUCUAUGAUUUUGAGGCCACUUUAGCGAAAACUUUAAGUUUUACAGAAGGUGAAUUUUUUUACCUUCAACAGACGAACAGUAAGCAACGUAACUGGUGGCAUGUUGUUAAUAGGAAAGGUCAUGUUGGUUUCGUUCCUUCAAAUUACGUAGCUUCAAUCAAGUCUAAGAAGCCUCCAGCACCAAAGCCACCUCCACGUUGGGAUGAUUCAACCCCUCCAAAUGGAGUAUCACCAUCAUUUGAUCUGAGACCUGUUGUUUCCCAACAACAUGUUUCUGAAGACAUUGAUACACCUCAAUCUCCAAUAAAAGUUGCUGAAAGAACUUUGUCAGAAGAAAUUGAUGAAGAUCUAAAACGGAACAGUGUACAGAAAUCUUCUUCAAAUCAGUUAUCUUCUGAUACGGACAAUCAAGAUGAUAGUCAGGACAGCAGUGAAAGCAUUAAGCCUAAUGCUAUUUACGAAAUUGUCCAAGCAGUGCGUAAAGAAACCCAGUUAAGUCAUGAGAUGUCAAAGGUGGCUGUGGAAACUGUCCUUAUUUCUUUAAGGGAAUUUCUUCCUGGGGGCGCAGCAAGAUCAAUAAUUGACGCACUUCUCCGAGAAGCUAAUAGUAACAUUACUUGCCCCAAAAAUGCUAUUGACGCUGCUCCAGAUGCAUUACGUAUGAUGACUGCUUUGAAUGCUCUAUCCAAAGCGGCAAAUGAUGCUCAACAGCGAGGCUGGGCAUUACAUGAUGAUGCUCAUGAUAUACAAACACAAUUGCUUGAGCUCAUCUCUGUCAUGUCGAACGCCGAUGUUAACAUAUCGCAGCACGUCUUAAGCAGUCACCGUUACGCUUACGUCACCACUUUAGUCCAAUAUUAUCAGAUGGAAACGCGUUGGCCUCUACGGCAGCUGCUAUUACAGGCGUUUGGAGUGAUGUGUGGUUUGGAGCGCACUGCCCUGGCAACCCUAGCGCUGUCAGCGUUGCCGGCGGAAAUCGCACGCGACAUGCGUGACAACCCUCGGGCUGUCAGCCGUCUUUCGCACUCUGCUCUACUGCUGUCUAUGGUUCUCUCUAUGGGCGACAAGUUGCCAGUGACGCAUUUCGAACAACUGGGUGUAGAGUUUGCACAAUUUCUACUUGAGCUCAUCGAAAACCCGCCCGAGACAGAUGUAGAUGAACAAAUUCCUGAUUUGUUUUUGACUCUUUUACUCGCCUACAACUUGCAAUUUGAGAACCCAUAUGAAAAUCUACUUUUAAACGCAUUGGAAACGCAAGACAAUGCUAAGACUUUCUGCGAAAAAGUUCUACUCCUACUAAAUCGUGAAGAGGACCCUGUUCACAUCUUCGACCACGAGCCGGCGCCUGCCCAUUCGGUGCUCAAGCUCUCCAUCGACCUGUUCAGCCGCAAAAAGACCGCAGAGCACUUCUACACGAACGACGUGAAGGUCGCUAUCGACAUCAUCGUGCGCCAACUGGCCGACUUAUCGCCCGGCGAUUCUCGUCGCCACGAAUACCUGAGGGUGCUGCAGGGCAUCAUACGCAACACGGAGUACGGCGCUCACCUGCACCGGCGGGACGACCUGCUUCGAUGCUUCGCGCGCAUCUUCUGCGAGGAGGGCGACGCGAGCAAAGAGGACCAGGCCCUCGUGAGGGCGGUAUUCAACGAGUUCCCGCAAUACUUCAUGCCA